UCUUCGUUCCAAUCCAAGCUCUCUCUCUCUCUCAUCUCACUGUCACUAUACACCAAACCCAAAACAUUUAAAGAAACUUAUAAAACCCACAAAAAAAACCCAAAUAUAAUUCCAAAUUCUCAUUUCUUAAGCUCCUUUAAUCUCAAUGGAAAUCCCUUCUUAAAAAAACAAGUAAGACACGAUGUCCAGAUGCUUUAUGUCAAAUUUUGGAUCUGGUAGCUGUUUUGUGAUUGGUUUUAUAAUUGACACGGAACAUCUAUAGAAAUACAAAACAACCACAGACAAGGGAUUGCAGAGCUAAAGUGUGCUGGAAAGUAUAAAGAAGUAUCAUGGAGGACUCGACUGCCAAGACAAUUGAUUAUCUCCGGGCACGAUUAUUGGCUGAAAGAUCUGUUUCAAGAACAGCAAGGCAGAGAGCUUAUGAACUGGGAAAAAGGGUAACAGAGUUGGAGAAACAGCUGAAAUAUGUGUCCCUGCAAAGAAAGAAGGCAGAAAAAGCAACUGUAGAAGUUCUUGCUAUUUUAGAGAGUCAUGGCAGAAACGAUCUUUCUGAACCAUUUGAUUCGAGCUCUGAUCAGGAAGAAAUGUCUAGUGAUUUCAAGGAUGGUAAUCAUGCUGAUACAUCUGAACAUGUGAAUGUCCGGGAAAGUGAUGCAGAAGCUUUUUCAGGUUCUGAGGUUGAAUCUUCUUCCGUGAAUGGUAGAAGCUUGUCUUGGAAAAGCAGUAAAAAUUCAUCGUCUCAUUUCCUUGAUAAGAAGUACAUGGAUGCUUCUAGAAGAAGGCGUAAUAGUUUUACAUCAACUGGAUCCUCACCGAGACGCGUUGGUAAAUCAUGUCGCCAGAUAAGACACAAUAAACACAGGUCAGCAAACGGCGGGUCACAAAAUGGUAACGGAACUAAUGCUCAUGAUGAAGACCAAAGGCGAACAAGUUCAGAAGGUGUUCGAAAUCCUUCUGAUGUUGCAAAUGAGACUGCACUGGAAGAACUGAAUAUACAAAAGGAAAAAGAUCCACGGGAAGUUGCUACUCCUCAGUGUAACGGACAUGGUGAGCAAAACUAUGCAACUGAAAGAGAGAUGGAAAAAGCGUUAGAACAUCAAGCUGAAUUCAUCGCCCGUUAUGAAGAAGAGGAAAAAGCGCAAAGAGAAUGGGAGGAUAAGUAUAGAGAAAAAAACGGAUCACCACAAGAUUCUUGUGACCCUGGGACCCACUCAGACUUAACAGAAGAAAUAGAUGAAAUUAAGACACCCACUCUGGCUCCGAAUCCACCUUGUGCUAUCGAGCAACUUACUAUUGAAAAAGAAUGUGAUGCCAAUUUCAUUGAAGAUACCACGAUCAACGUUGAACCUUUAGUAAGUCAAAAGAACAGUGAUUUGAACAAUGAAGGAUCAGAUAUUCAAAAGCAUCCGUCAGAUGCCAUCAGAAUUUCUAGGGCAGCACAGGUGUCAUCCUCUGAAGACAGUAGUUUGUUAUAUAGGGGAGAACAUGCUUCAGGUAACUCAAAUGAACCCAUUCUUGGAACUCAUGAACAUCCGGGCCAAUUAGGAUCUGUUCUCGAGGCUCUUCAGUUGGCUAAACUAUCACUAAAACAGAAUCUUGACAAGCUCCCGUUAUUGGAAAAUGGGCCUUCUGUUCCUACAUAUAGAUCUGAGGACCAAUCUCCAGUUCCUUUUAGCUCCGUUGGGCUUUUCAGGUUACCAACUGAUUAUGAAUAUGGAGGAACAACACCCCAAGCUAAAUCCUUGACUUAUGAUUCUAGGUUAAGUUUGGUUAAUUAUGAUACAGACCCUUCUGGAGCUCAAUUUAUUUCUAGCCCUUAUAGAGAAUCCCUUUCUAGAUCAGCUACUUCUCUGGAUGAUCGGUUUCGCAUGGUCCCCACCUUCCCAUACCAAGAAAACAUGUCUGAAAUUCCGAGACUUCCCCCAUCCACCUUUAAUCCACGAUUCGAUAUGCAGCAGUCUGCCCUUUCUUUGCACCCGUCCACCCUUGACCCGAGACAAUCUAUGCAUCCGUCUGUCAUUGACUCAAGACUAUCUGUGAACCCUUCUGCCCGUGAUUUAAGAAUGGAUGUGGGUAUCAGUCAGUCUGCCUUUGAUCAACGACUGAGUGUGGGCCCAUCUGUUGAUCCCCGAUUAGGUACUAGGUCGUCUUCUCUUGAUCAACGAUUGGGUGUUGGUCUGUCUGCCAUUGAUUCUAGAUCGAGUGUGGGCCCGUCUGUUGAUACAAGAUUGAGUAUGGGUCGCGCAGCUCUUGACACACGAUCGGGAUUGGGUGCAGGGCAAUCAUCCUUUGACCCAAGAUUGGACACGGGUCCACAAUUUUCUGGUAAUAGAUACAUGAGUCCUGAUCUUCCUCACUCGGGUGCAGGAUUACCCCCGUCUAGUAGAUAUGGAACCCUAUCAAAUGGUAACAUACCUCUUCGAACCCGCUCGGUGUAUGACAGUUAUGCGAGACCAGAUACGUACCAGUGAAAUUGCAUGAAAUAGGUUGUGCAGGAACAGAGUUGUAUAGUUCUCUUCUUAUUUGAUAGUUAAGAUGUGGUUUUUGUCAGGUUUCUUUUACUUCAUCAACAGAUCAGUUAUACUGUAUAAUACUUGUAUCAUCAUGAAAGAGACCCAGGUUGUUGACGAGUCCGUGUAUCUUUCUGGUAGUUUCCUUGGGUUGUGUGGUUGCUGAUUUGACCGUCUUUGAUCUGUUAUAAUAUGACAGUUCGACUCUUUAAUACAAAUUUGAAGUUAGUAUGUUUAAAUUA